AAAAGAGAUAAAAGCGUGCAUUUUUCUUGAUUCCAUUAAUUGCAUUGUUGGAGUGGAAACGGCCAUUUACAGCAUGAGCUUCGGACAUUGUUUACAGGUUGCAGAUAACUAGUAUGCAAUACAUUAAGUAUUUGUAACAACAUUGGUAGAUCAGUUACUCUUUACGUCAACUCAGGAAAAUAUGACAUAUUUUUGUGACAUUUAGAAGCAGGAUUAGUUUCUAUUGCCUGUGUUCACCUUUUGGGAAGAUAACCUGCAAGUGACGAGGAAACCUCUUGUAGCAGGGAAUGUAAAACACUGAUGGGUUACUAAAGUUGAUAAAACAGGAUAUACAAACACUGGAGCGAGAGCAUAACUUGUUUAUAUUUUAUGGUAACAUCAUCCAGAUAAUCAACACAAUAUCGAACUAUGCUACCAUGUACAUGUUUUCUUCUUUAAUAUUCAAUUGUAAUUGGACUUGGGACUAAAAAGUGACAGAAACAAGUAGUUUUAUGAGUGCUUAGGCACAGGAUCAGUUACAGUGCAUAGUAUCAUCUAACAUUCUGCUCCAUCAAACAUACAGUACUCUCCAUGACUAGCAGCUUUGUGAACUUCAUGCAUUAAUGGUAGAGUGACAUUCUUUCCUGGGGUACUCAAAAUUGAAUGAGUACUAGCGUUACAUCAUCGAACCUUGACAGGUACAUUCUACUAUAUUGCACACACAUUGGAAGAGGAUAUGUGAAUAAAGAAUUCAAUAUGUGCAUCAAUGGGAGGAAGUAGUGAAUAGCAGUUUUUGCAUUUAGCCAAUUUUUGGUUCAGGUGUGGUGUAUUUCCACUAAUGCAGACAUAGUGCUUGCUGAUAACAAAUUGCUGAAUAAUAUAGGAUGUUACUUUUUUUUCUUAUGUGGUGAUAAAGGAAAUGAACACGUGUGUAAAAUAGCCAGACAGAUUUUAGGGCGCAAGGUUGGACUAAAAAGAGGGGAUAGACUGCAGCUUCUUGACAACAUUUUUGGAGAGCAUUGGAUAUUCUUAAGUGAGCAGUACAGAGAAAUAAGGUCCAAAUGUUUUAUUGCUUUUUUAAAACUGUUAAAACUGUCAGUUAUUUGGAUUGACUCCAUAUGUGACAAUUAAUUGUUGAUUAUGUGCAUCCUUGAUGAAAACUUUCCCUUUUUUAGAGGUAUAGGUAUAGGCAAUUAUAAUUUUUAUGGAGGCAGAGGUAUCAGAUGUAAUUAGAUGUGUUAGAUACAUGUACCUGGUAAUUGAUAAGAAUAUAAUUGUCUUGAACUUGACAUCCAAAUAUUAUUUUCUUACCAGGUGUUAUAGUCUUCUUGAAUGACAGUGGAACCUACUUACCCGUAGGAGAUCUGGUCAUAUCAGUACAAUAAUUUCAAUAAUGGACAACUUUAGUGCAUGUAGCAAAAGAAGUUGUUGCUGUGGGGAGUUAACCUGAAGAUACUUUACCAGCAGAUGAAUGAUCACCUGAAAAAUGAUAAUACCAUAAUUGAAAACAUUGACGCACGUACAAUUUGAUACUAUUAUAAAAAGAGGGGAUAGACCUCUGAAUAACAACUUCAACAACAACUGGAAUACUCCAAACAGUUUGAACUAAUUUAAAAAAAAGUUGACAGUCAGAGACUUGAAACAAUACUGGCUGGAAAAUAUUGGGUCACCUGAAUAGUAUAGUCCGGACAGUACCCUGGAUAAAAUUUUAAUGAAGGAAAGCUCUUCAGGGAAUGGAUCAUGUAUCACCUGCUCAAUGGAUCAAUACAUGAAAAAGAUCACAUUGGUUUGAAAACAAUAGAAAGUGGGAUACAAUCAACUUGAUUGGAUUUCAUUCAAAGGGUAUAUAUGUUCCAGGCGAAGUUUGUGUCAAUGGUGAAAAAUAUAUCAGAGGCACUCUUGAUAGAUGAAUAUUUCUAUGGUAUUUACUCUCCUUAUUGUUUGUACUUAUUGAUAGUAUCUACAGAAGUAGAUAAUACCACCUGAGGAGCAUUUCAAUAGAAUUAUAACCAGGUGAUAUUUCCAGUAUAGGAAGUGUUUGUUUUAUGAUGCAGUAGACUGUAAAUGAAACAUGAAUGCCUUUGAUUGUAUUGUAUUAACCUGGAGCUAGGGAGAUUGGCUAAAUUCUGUUUCUGAAAGAGUACAACGAGUAAACUGAUGCUUUUGCUGUAUUUUGGAUAUAUUCCUUAACUGCAGCAUACAUUGAACAGCUGAACAGUGCACCAGUUAAUUGAUAAUAGAUUUUUGCUGAGAAAAUAAGUAUCUUUAACAUGGAGCGACCAAGUACAAUAGACAAUUUAAUAGCAACUCCAGAAAGAAACAGUUCCUAUGGGAGCAUUGGAACUGCUGUAAAGUUAUUAGUUGAACAAACUGAUACAUGUUCUAGAGUGCUCAUGGUUGACAAAGUGGACAAAGCAAUGGCCCCUGAACUAGUAGAAGAGGGUACCAUGAACUACCAAAGGUUUGAUGAUGAGGAAGAAGAAGACAUGGUUAUGCCGCCAAAAGCACAAAAUGAAGAGAUCAUGACGGAGGUGCGCCUUGACCAAGAUGGCGUCGAUGUACAGAUUGUUUCAAGUGAUAAACAUGUCAUACGUGCAUCUUCUGGGACCAAUGGUACUUUUUACGAUACAGAGGCUCAGCAAGGGGGGCCACAACACAUUGAGGAUCCUGCAGGGGACCGUUAUACAGCAGAAACACCUCUGGAACAUGCACAGUUAAUGGUGAGGAAGGUUGUAGAACAUAUUAUCUUCAGACUGGUCACAAUGGUGCUCAUUCUCAUAGACAUUGUACUGGUGAUUGUUGAUAUAUCAAUCACCACAGACAGCAAGAAAGGCUUUGAUGUUGUUGCUCUCAUUUUUUCAUGUUAUUUUAUGACAGAGGUGAUUGCUAGGAUAUUUGGGAGAGGCCCAAAACUGUUCUUCAAAAACUGGGUGGAUGUGGUUGACUUUGUGGUGGUGUUGAUAGCCUUCAUUUUCACUCCUAUAUAUACAGCUUUAGAUUUAAGAAACUUACAGCAGAAUGCUGAGUUGGGAAAACUAGUUAUUGCUGGCCGUCUGAUCAGAGGCAUACUCAUCAUUCGAAUCAUUUACACGGAGAGAAAGAAUGUUGCCAAGGCCUCUCGACUGAUGGUCUCAGAAAACAAGAGAAGAUACCAGAAAGAUGGUUUUGAUCUGGAUUUAUGUUACGUGACAGAAAGGGUGAUUGCAAUGUCAUUUCCUUCUACUGGAAUCAUGUCAGUUUAUAGAAACCCAAUCCAGGAAGUUGCAAGAUUUUUUGACACCAAGCACAAGGACCAUUACAAAAUAUAUAACCUCUGCAGUGAGAGAGGGUAUGAUGAGACAUUAUUCCACAACAGAGUGGAGAGGGUCUAUAUUGAUGACCACAAUGUACCAGAACUCAAGGAUAUGAUAACCUUUGCUAAGAGUGUAGAAGCUUGGAUGAAUGAAGAUCAAAACAACAUCAUAGCAGUGCAUUGUAAGGGAGGCAAGGGACGGACAGGCACCAUGAUCUGUACAUGGCUGGUGCACUGUGGCUUGUUUGAACAGGCUCACGUAAGCAUACUUUAUAUUUUGACCAAUGAGGCUGACUUUUUUCAUCAGUGGUGA